UUGAAUUUCAGUCCGAUCGCGCAGACUCGAUUCAACCAGUUGUUCGAAGUGCCGAAGCUUGAGAAAUGGUUUAAGACUGACUCAAGUCCAAGCCGUCAAAAGUUACUCAACUAUAUGAACAUUCUCAAUGGGAGCAGUUAUCGUCGGAACCAUCAGAAAAUCAGUUAUCAACAGAUCUGUAACUGGUUUGCUAACCAACGAGCAUCGUCACGUCGACCAGCGUUAGCCGCCGCUCAUACACAAGUUAAUCAGCAGGUUCCCAGCAUUCCGACAAUGUUGCCCGAUUUUCGGCCCAAGUUCGACUUCAACAACAUCAUCGAGAGCUGUCAAAAGAGCACUAAUGGGGAUGAGAGUCGCAUUGAUGGUGGUUCGGAUUCGCCGACACCAAAUGACGACGAACUGCAUAGUAAUAGUGACGGAGCGGAAAUGUCCACAUUCCCUCACAUAAAACAGGUCGGUGAGGAAUCAACCGCUUCAUCACCGGAUUUAUCUGUGAUUAAUUCAAUCGCUAGUUCAUCUCCGAAACAUAUUCCAAAUGAUCUCUCAAUGGGGAACAAUUUAAGUGGAAUAGGAAUUGGAUCUCAAGCAGCCCGUUCACGGCUGAUGUUCGAUCCGUUGACGGAGUUGCCUAUACUAGAGAAAUGGUUCGAGGAAAAUCCACAUCCAACGUGGAUGCAAAUUGAUCAAUAUACACAAAUGUUGAAUGGAUGCCCGUAUAGAGAGAACUAUCCGCAUAUCAGUCAGCAUAAUGUCAAGAUUUGGUUCAAAAAUCGCCGCGCCAAAUGCAAACGUAUGCAGACCGGCAUGGUUGAAAAGUUGGAGAAAUUGUUUGCAUGA